ACUCUUGGUUGUGGAUUUUCGAUUAUGGAGGAGUUUUUAAAUAGCUUGUUAGAGGUAUCUGUCCAGAUAGUGGGAAAAAAAAAAUAAAGAGUUGCGUAGAGGCGUUGCGGGAGGGGGUAGGGUAGGUGGGGUGGUGUUUGGCGAUGCCGAUGUCGAUGUCCCUGGCGACGAUGGAGAGCUAUUGGGGACGAGAAUAGGAGCGCGUCAGUUAGUUGCCCCCUUCCGCGCCUCGCUGUGCCGCAAAGUCGCGAACCACCUAAGGGUUUCGGGGUUUUUUCCACGGGUGGGUGAUUUGGUAGGGGUUACGACAGCCUUGGAAUUAAGAUAUAUUCCACGACCAGAAGAGAGCGUUUUUUCGCCAAUUUUCUAGGCCGUUCGAUUGAUUAACGAGCUUAAGGAUUCUCGAUGAGCGCAGUAAAUUGUCGCACAGCUGCAGUAUCAUCGAGAGAAGGACCAGGAAAAGGAAAAAAAGGUGCUGUGGUGGAGAGCCGUGUUAGUCUUAAUUUCCUACGAGAAACGUGCUGCCGGGUCGUCUUGUAGCACGCCUUUGGGCCUCUAUGUGUGGGUGGUAUUGUGUGUGGUUGAUUCGUUCAGCUGAGUUGUGGGAGAUUGUUGUUCCAGCGUAAAGUGGUCAAUGCCGAUUAUUCUACGCGCGGAGAUCGGGGUGUUUUCGUGUGAUUAGGAAGCUGGGUUGUGUUGCAGGGGUAAAAUCACGUGCUCAUGGUUGUGAAGGAGGAAAUGCGGAAGUCGUCCCUGCAACUUUGGAUUGAUUCUUAUGUGUAGUGGUUUGAAGGGGAUUUAGGUCGGGGCGGUAUUAAUGUUGCAGCAAUUGAGCUUGUGUGGUAUGAUUUUAGGAAUGUGUGCAAGGGGGAUAUGGCGGAAGUGAUUGAAGAGCUGAUGGGUUGUGUAGAACUGUAACGCCCCCACUCGGUUUUGUCGGCACGAAUGCUACAGGGAAGUUUGCGUUGCUGAUUGAUGUGAAUUACAGCGCGAGUCGAGUGUUAGUAGUUCAGACAUCGUUUUGGGAUCUUGAAGGAAUCUCUUGGAUUGCUCGUCGCGGGGGACGGAUUCCAGAGGCUGCCAAGAUGCAGCGAAAUUUUUCUGUUGAUGAUAUCUUGGGUACAUUCUGGAAGUUGGAUACUCAGGGAGAUGCGAAAGGCCCAAUUGUAUCAAUUCCAGAAGAUGUGGAAGACGAUGAAGACACCCAUAUUCCGGUUGUGGGGUCUCUCAGGACAAAGGAGGACAGGGGUAUGAAUCGGAGCGCCUCUGAGUAUGCAUUUCAGGAGUUUCUGAGAGUGAGUGAAGCCGGCGGAGGGUUUGCGCGGUCGAAAAGCAGGUUUAACAAUGAGGAUAUUAGGGAUAAUAAUGAUGAUGAAGAUGACACCGACCCUCCAAGUUCUCCAAGUCCUGCGAGCCCUGCUUCUCCUAAAACGUCUGAAAACAGAACCGAGGUAUCUAAAGAAGAAUUGGACUGUUCCAGCGAGGCUGAUAAAGUGCCGCGCAUGCUUCCAACUCUACCACCUAAACUAGAGGUGCCUACGAUGAGCGGUAUUGUUGAUCACGUAGAGGAUGCCUUGAAUCCUUUGUUUUCAGGUAUUCGACACGAGGUAGAGAGCGCUGCGACCGUGACAAAUAGUCCGCAGGAAUACGAGUUCUUUCUUAAGCAUAAACUCGAUCUGGCUUGUGCAGCAGUUGCCCUCAGUCGGUCUGCUGCGGGAGGAGCUAAAGUUGGGCCACUAGCCCCGCAGUCAAGCAUUUCCCCAGGAGCAUAUGGUGUUAUGGGUAGUGGAGAUCCAAUUGGUAUUCCUGCGCUGCCUCCAAAGCCUGAAUAUGGGGCUAUGGUUCCUCCAACCAGAACUCGAGCUGUUACAAGUGGUUCGGAUGUUUCGGAGGAUGAUGAAUCAGAGCAGGGCCAAAAUGUGCCGCCUGGUGAUAUUAAACGUGUGAAGAGGAUGCUAUCCAACAGAGAGUCAGCGCGAAGAUCACGGAGAAGAAAGCAAGCACAUUUGACUGAACUUGAGACCCAGGUUGCUCAGUUGCGCGCUGAGAAUAACACCAUCUUGAAGAGAGUAACAGAAAUCACAAUCAAGUUUCAAGAAGCCGCUCUAGAAAAUCGUGUUCUGAAGACAGAUGUGGCAACUUUGCAAGCCAAGCUGAAGAUGGCAGAAAGCAUGGUAUCUGGGACAACUAAUGGACAAGUUGCAUCCAUGGAUUUGCCACUGUCUGCCUCAAGAUAUUUGACGUACUCAUCUGGGGGUAAUGGUACACAGUAUAUGCAACAAGCUCCUGUAUUGCAGCAGGAACAACAGCAAGGAUUUACUGGAAUCAAAAUGGGCCGAACACCAUCAAUGCAACGGGUUGCAAGUCUCGAACACUUACAGAAGCGAAUUCGUGGAGGGCCAGGCUGCAAUAAUCCUGUGUGGGGUGUGUCCUUGGAUGAUGAGCACUCUAUGUUGGAGCAGCAUGAGGAUUGAAGGCUAGCUUUGCCCCAAAAGUUCUUUGGUCUUAUCGGAUGCUUUGCCAUCUGUACUGAGUCCCUGAUGAGCCAUAAAAGAGGAGACUGGAAGGACACUUGAUGUACUGGAAGUCGAGGAUUUUUUUAACAUUCGUAUAUGAAUCAUGGCUAGCAGAUUGAAUGUUUCAAUGCAUACUUUGGAUCAGUGAGCUAUUAUCCUAGCCCUCUCAUUUUGUUCUGCUACGGCUCCCUGAACAAUGGGUACAGAAAGGUAGUCUAUGGAUUUCACGGUCAAGCAAUGAUAGAAUCCGACAAGGUGGAUCACGAGCUCUCUAUGCCCUUACAACUUCACUGAUCUGCCUUAGCUGCCAGCAAGAUGAACGCACAACUGUGUUGGAUUUUUCAUUUUACAAACGCUAUGUAGGGCAGUUGGAGUGCAGUUUAGAGAAUUUGCGUUGUACAGAAUUAUGAAAGUAGGAGCUUAUAGACUGAGAAGUAGCUGAUUUUUCAUGAACCCAAGUACGCAAGUGAACAAUCAAUUACUUCACCAGCGGAUUGUUUGACUUAUUCUUGGAGGGGUGUCGACAGGAGCUGUGGGAUCUGUUUACAACCGAUGGAAGUAUUUGCCUCCAUAACUCUGUUGUAUCUGUGUAUUCGUCGUGUCAUCACAAUUGAAUAAAACUAGAUUACUCCGUUCCUUUCAA